UCUACAGGAACAUUUUGGAAAAUUCUGGACGCGUUAGAACACGUUUAGUUUAUUCAUUGAGCAUUAUAUUAGAAGAGAAGAAAAAUACUGUUGUUUUACCUGAUUUUGCUCUACGUAUUGUCACAAUAAUUACGUUUUAGACUACAUGUCGUUCUUCGUUAUAAACCUUGAAGCUGAGAUAAUGACGUGAAACUCUCGGGUAACGUUAACGUUACUUAAAAACUCCUGACAGACAGUGAACCGUAAGGUAUUAACCAUUAUUCCUCUAUUUAUUAUUUUAAGCCACUUGUGACGUAGUUCUUUCAAUGUUGGCUAAACUUUCCACGCUUGUUACACACAAUUAUUGGUUUCCAUUGUAAUGUAAAAUUCCAGUAGAUGUAAAAAAUGUGACGUUACUGAUGCUCACUUUGCAUUUGUGAAAAGAUUUUGAUCUUUUUUAUUUGCGUUCAAUAAGCUGUUUAUUUACUUAAGUUUCCAGUUGUGUUUACUCGUAAAUAAUAAAAGCAGAAGUCGCAAGUUUCACUGGAAAGCCCUCGAUAUACCAGAAUUGUAACAUUGAGACUUUACGUAAAUGAUGAUGCAUGCUGUAGCAAACAGGCAUCGUUGAUUAUGUCAGCUUGCUAAAUGGGUAUUUGAUUGAUUGAUAGUUUAUAGAUUGUGGGUCCCAGGGUCUGUAUAUUCGGAUGUACAGUUGAUUCAUAGAAUUCCCCUGCGAUUCGUGGGUAUCAUGUGGAUGUGGAGAUCCCCAUAAUGUUUUCCCACUCGUUAUAUAAGUAUGCUCAUAGAUAGAAAACCAUACAAAGUGAAACAUGUUGCGUCUUAUGAUUAUUUUCAUCUUGCUCAGAAGGGUUUGUCUUUCAGAUAUAAUAUUAAAUGGAGAAACGAAUGUUUUGUUCGGUCACAACGCCUCACUCUCUUGCGCCCUCUCGAACCCGUCCGGAGUCAAACAGGUGUCCUGGGAGCGAUUGCGCGCCGGUGAUGAUGCUGAAACUCUGGCUACGUUCAGCGAGCGCUACAAGGAUUAUGUGCACCAAGAAUAUGUCGGAAAAGUCACUAUCACGGCGUCAUUAAAAUCUUCGUCUAUUGUGAUCAAAAACGUAACAUUUGAAGAUGAGGCCUGCUACAUGUGUUCCUUCAAAGUGUAUCCAUCGGGACCAAAACGGAAAACAUUUUGCCUCACUGUUAAAGGUAUAUCAGAAAUAACAGCAUCAGUAAAUUCAUCCAGUUCGGAUUCAGAUGUUACAGUCUCAUGUUCAGCCACCGGUAAACCCACACCGAUACUCCAAUGGAAAUCCACAGAGAAAGACCAGAACUUCUCCGCAUCGAAAAUUUUAACAAAGCUCAACAGUGAUGGGUCAAACACCACUACAAGUGUCCUGAAACUUCCACUGUCACAGUUUCAUGGGAAACAUGUGGAAUGUGUGGCGACGAGUGACGACGUUGAGGAAAGGUCCCAGGUCUCUUUGCUUGAUGAAGAUCGAAAUAAAAAUGAAGAAGAGAAGAGUGUAACAUUAAGAUAUUAUACCAUUACUAUUUCACUCCUGCUUAUCGUCAGUAUUGUUGUAAUCUUCCUUUACGUCAGAUUAAAGGAUAAUGCGGAGUGUACACGAUUUGCUUCUACAGCAUGAUCUAAAACAUUUCAGACUGCACAGCUGUCACUUUAAAAUUUGCAAAUCUUUUAGCUGUUCCUGUUGUCUAUGAAAAAGUCACUUGAUGUUUACAUUUCUGAAUAAGCUAUGUAACUUUAAUAUUGUGUUAUAGACCGUAAAUAUCUUUUUAUAUAUUUAUAAAUAUAUGUUAUUAUUGUUUUAAUAAUAACUACAAUAUUACAGUAAACUAAUAAUGUAAGGUAUAUACUGUCAUAUAAUGGUAUAAUACAUUUGAAAAGUUUAUGCACUGCUUCACUUUCUGUUCCAAAUCACUUGGUUUGCAUGAUACUGGCCCCCAGGGAUCCACAAAUCUUGAUUUUCCACAAGACAAAUAUCAAAAGACAAAAAUGUAUUGCACUAAUUGUUUUAUCCAUUGAAAAGUCCCUAUGUAAAAGGUGGUUAGAGCUAGCUCUAGUGAUCUGAACUGAAUAGGCAAGUUGUUUCAGAGGUGAUGUUACAUUUUGAUGUUACAUGAAUAAAAUAUUUGUAAAAUAACCUGCGGUGAUGAGUCAUUUACAGUAAAACUAUGACUGCGUACUAAACAGUCAUUAUGUCAACUAAUGUUUAUUGCUUUCCACUUAUUACUAUUGCUGUGAAUUGUGAUAUUAUCUUUUAACUACAGCAGGCUGUUGUAACACUGGAUUUUCUUAUGUACGUAUUAGAAUUUUGAUGUUUGCUUACAAUAAAGUUAAAAUGUGAACAUGAACCUAAGUUACCUCUUCUUAU